AUGGUUCAUUCCCUGACCUCCUACACCAUCACAGAAAACUUUAUGAUCAUAUAUUCUGCCUUUGAAAAUGCCCUAGCGGCUUUCAGAAUCAGUAUUGGAGUCGUCGGUGUUGGUGUUUUAACUGAUCGUAUUUUUUGUUGUAUAAAAACUGUAAAGGCUGUGCCUGUGGAAACGGAGGCUUGCAAUGACAAAACUGUCAAUGCUACCGAAAAUAUAAAUAUUAGUAAGUGGGUCAAAUAUGAUUCUGAGUUCUUAAGAAAGCCGUGGGUCGCUAACGCUUAUUUAUGCGGUGCUGUUUUGAUUAUUGUCAUUGGUACUACGUUAAUCGCUACUUACGGUGGUGAAAAUUGUGUUUUGAGGGGUCUGGGAAUAAUCAUAUACAGCAUUGCUGUCGCCCUAGCAGUCACUAUUUUGGCGCACGUGCUUAAUAUCGGCGAUAUCGCCAGUACAUUACACAUGUAG